GCAGGCAGACUCUCAACCACUGCGCCACCAGGGAAGCCCUCAAAUCACUUCUUUUUAUGGUGAAAGGACCUGAAGCACUAUGAAAGCUUAGAUGGAUUGGGAGAAGAGAGGUUGGUGGGCAGAGACACUUUGGCAGGGAAGUGUAGGAAGCACUAAAGGUAGACUUGCACCGCUGCACAGGUUUGCCAAGUGGUGAUUCUGUUGAAUGAGAAAAUAAUCAAUAAUGGCUUUUUAAGAGAAACAAAGCAUAGUUGAGAGAAUGUCCCUAACCUUUAAGGGAGCAGUGUCCUAUUUUCCUACAAAGUAUCUUGAAGUGUUUUUUAGACAGAAUUCUGGGAUGCCUGGGUAGCCCAUGGUUUUAUCUUCAUAUAGGUGUGCUUUUAUUAAGCUGUUUUGUUUGUUCUCUUAUUUGAUUUCAUUGAGACUGUCUAAUGGGAGCGUCCAUGUCCUAUUUUGUCUAUGAAGCAUGUAAAAAGUGGCCCAAGAGCGUUCCAAGCCCAUGUGAGGGCAGACAUGCUGUGUGUGGUAAGGCAUGAGAUCUCAGGCAGAAGGAACAAAAGGUCUCAAAACAUCCAGAGAAUUAAGAGAUCUUCAUUCAACAAAUAUUGAGUGUCUUCCCAGAGUCAGUGUGCUUGGUUCUGGGGAUGAACACUGCACCAGAUGUGGUCUCAGUCUCAAUUCCAGCCAACACAUAUGAAAAGUACUGGACUUUUUACCAAAAGUAUGGGGGCCAUCAUUUUCCCAAAGAUCAUUUGAAAAAGGCUGUUGCCGAAAUUGAAGAAAUGUGCAAUAUUUUAAAAAUGGAAGGAGUGACAGUGAGGAGGCCUGACACCAUUGACUGGUCCUUGAAGUAUAAAACUCCUGAUUUUGAGUCUACGGGUUUAUAUGGUGCGAUGCCUCGAGACAUCCUGAUAGUUGUGGGAAAUGAGAUUAUCGAGGCUCCCAUGGCCUGGCGCGCUCGCUUCUUUGAGUACCGCGCGUACAGAGCAAUUAUCAAAGACUACUUCCGCCGCGGGGCCAAGUGGACAACAGCUCCUAAGCCCACAAUGGCUGAUGAGCUUUAUGACCAGGAUUACCCCAUCCAUUCUGUAGAAGACAGACACAAAUUGGCUGCUCAGGGAAAAUUCGUGACGACUGAGUUCGAGCCGUGCUUUGAUGCUGCUGACUUCAUUCGAGCUGGAAGAGACAUCUUUGCACAGAGAAGCCAGGUGACAAACUACAUGGGCAUUGAAUGGAUGCGUAAGCAUCUCGCUCCAGACUACAGAGUGCAUAUCAUCUCCUUUAAAGACCCCAAUCCGAUGCACAUUGAUGCCACCUUCAAUAUCAUUGGGCCCGGUCUUGUGCUUUCCAAUCCUGACCGACCAUGUCACCAGAUUGAUCUUUUCAAGAAAGCAGGAUGGACCAUAGUUACUCCUCCAAUACCAGUCAUCCCAGAUGAUCACCCACUCUGGAUGUCGUCCAAAUGGCUUUCCAUGAAUGUCUUAAUGCUAGAUGAAAAGCGUGUUAUGGUGGAUGCCAACGAAGUCCCGAUUCAAAAGAUGUUUGAAAAGCUGGGUAUCAGUACCAUUAAGGUUAACAUUCGUAAUGCCAAUUCCCUGGGAGGAGGCUUCCACUGCUGGACCUGCGAUGUCCGGCGCCGAGGCACCCUACAGUCCUACUUUGAUUGACCAGGCCUGCUGGGGCUUGGGGCUUGGCCUCAAAUAAAACUAGGAAGCUUAGGGAUAAGGUUCAUUCUCCUGCUUUAAAAAGUGCAUGAACUGUAGUACUUUAUACAAUCAUAUCCAUAACAGGGGUCUUAAGCCUGGUUUAUUUUUAUUAUUUUUCUUUGAUAAAAGGAAGAUAACCUGUGCUAGAUCUUACUCUCUUCUCCUAAAUAUUUUGCUGUUUGGCUUCAAGCAUAAAAAUUUGGUGAAUGUCUACCAAAACAAAAAUUAGUCAUUUGAGUAACUUGGCUACUAAUACAUUUAACCAUCUACCUCUGUUUUUAAUUUUCUUUCCAAAAGGCAGCUUGAAAUGUUAGUCCUAAUAGUCACUUUUUUUUUCCUUUUUGCUAAACUUGUGAAUGUUUGUAUCACUUCUUUUUUCUAAAUAAAAGACUCAGAAUGUAUACAGAUCUUCUAGAACCAGUAAUUGUCCCUUUUUCUAAUAAGGAAUUUUGGUAAUUUUUAAUUUUUUGUUUUUAAAAAUAACCUAGACUAUUGCAAACAUUUAAGUGAAUUUUCCAUGAAUGUUUUUAAUAUUCUCAUCUCAACAUUGGUGAUAUUUGCUAUUAAAAACCUUUUCAUACAACUUACCUCAUUUCAAGUGAUUUAUUUUAAUCUCUUUUUUCUUCUCUGUCCAGAAUUUUAGAGGAAUAUUUAGUGCAAUAGGGUGUAACUAUCAGUUCCAAUUCCUAAAUUUUGAUGUUCAGUAUCUAGUGGAUACAUUGCAUCUUUGGUCAUCUAAGAUUUGUUUACAGAUGUGCAAAUUAUUUAAAGCACAGACUUUAAAAGCAUUAAAAAAAAAACUAAUGGAGGUAAAACCUACAUGCGACGUGAAAUAAUUUUAACGUUGGAUACGGUACAUGUAUUUUUAUUCUAAUAAACUUUUGUGUUACAGAAUGGG